UUUUUAAGUCAAAUGAACGCAACGAAGUGAGCAGUAAGUUGCUAACAGUUACGCUUUGAAGUUGAACAUGCACUGACAUAUUUUUGAAGUAUUUCAUAUUUUAUAAAUUCACCUGAACAUUAUUCAAAAUUUCAAGAAAAAUUUACAAUAACAAUUCCUAUGCUAAUUUGGUGUGUUUAAAAUAAGUAAUUUUGACUACGUUUUUAUCAUUAGUAAUCGUCAAUAAUGAUUUUGUUUUAUACUUAAUUACAUCUGUUAAUUUCAACGAAAUUUUGGAAUAUAUAACAAAUUUAAAGAAAUGGCACAGGUAUUUCGUCUAUACAAAUAUGAAAUACCUAUGAUAAUUCGUUAUUAUGGAAUCAACAGUCAUCAGCAAAGAUCUAAAUUUAACUAUUACGAAGCAUUAAAUAUUUCUCCAAAUGCAACACAGAAGGAAAUAAAGGAAGCUUACAUAAAAUUAUCAAAAAAAAUGCAUCCUGAUAGUGGCACAGAAGGAAGUCAUAAGGAGUUUGUGAAAAUUAAUGAGGCUUACACUAUUUUGAGUAAGAGUGACACAAAGGAAAAUUAUGAUAAUAAUUUAAAAUGUAAUUACACUUAUACCCCGCCACCAUAUAAAAAAAAUAGUUCUUCUUCUUCUCAAAGAUCACAAUUUACUUAUGAAGAGUGGGGAUUUGUACAUCCGAGUAAACAUGUGUCAUUCAGUGAAGAAAGUAGACAAAAAGGAGUGAUAAUGUGUCUAACUAUAAUGUUCCUUGGAGCAAUUAUUCAAAUAUUUCUUAUUGAAAAAUCUUUUGUUUUCAAAAGGUAUGAAAUGUUAAAGAGAAGUCAAAAGUAUGAAGCUGAAUAUAAUAAAAUUAAGGAAGAUGCUAAAAAUAAAUCAUUAGAGGAGCAAAUACAAAAGUUAUAUGAUCUGCAUAGAGAACGUCAAGCAAAACUAAAUGGAGAAUAAUAUAGUAUAAUAUUUUAUUAAAAUAACAGUUGUUUUAAAGUAGUUUGGGUGAUAUAGUUGAUUUUAAUGUGUAAAUUUAAUAUUAGAAAAAAAUAUAUAUAUUUUAUUUUA